ACUCCUGAUACACGCAUGCGCAGUGGCUUCCCCCGUUCAGCCGCGCAGCACUUCUUUAGAAUGGCGGCUCUUUUAGAAUCAGUUCUGCUCAACAAAGUGGAUAUAAACGUGGUCUUGGACUGGCUCAAAAACAGCGAAGAAGGAGACAAGCUGCCUGUUAUCUACAAUGAUGUUGCUGUCCACAGAGAAGAAUUCAUUCCUUUUCUAUUGAACUUUCUGAGAGAGCAAAGCAGCCAAGUGCUCACUCAUGGCCCAGCUACUCCAGCCAAAACCCCCAGCCGCCCUCGACUUCCUGCACAGUCUCAGAGCUUCACGGAACGAAGAGGUGCCAGGUCUUCAGGUGGAGGUUCCCGAAAUGCCAGUCGGGUCCAGUUGUUUUCCCCUGCUCCCUCCAUAUCUCCAGGAGGUGAUACAGAUGCCAUGGGACAGUCCGGGUCGCACUGUUUGAGUGGCAUCAGUGACUUCAGUAGUCCCUCUCUCACUACGGGAUGGAGUCCAGCUUCAAGGCACUCUGGUUCAGACCGCCGCCCCCCACAGAGAAUGAGUUUGGGGGAUUUUAUUGGGUCGCCUUCUGAGCAUCAGCACAGCCCUAAUUUGCAGUCACAGAAAGCGAGGAAGAGGAGUGGUGGCAUGGCAACAGGGGGACAUCUUAGACAUGGGCGUGGAGGUGGAGCAGGUGGAGGACAAAGUGAUGACACAGGGAGAUGGGACAGUGGAGGGCGGAGGUCUGGUAGAGGGGGGGCAGGAGGAGGCAGCCACGCAAGAAUACACGAGUCACCUCCAACUGUGGGAGAACUGAACUUCAGUAAUUUGGAUGAUUUUCCUCCAGUCGGGUCAACACCAGUUUCACCUGCUUCAACAAAGCCAACUAGGAGAAUAAACCCAACACCAGUGAGUGCUGAGAGGCCCCACUCCAAACCAAAGACGUGUUUCACCUCAACACCUUUUAGUAAAACCUCUAGUCCCCCAAUAGAGGCUCCAGAGAGGUCUAUGGCAGCAGGCAGUCCACUGAGCCUUCAGGAGGAGAGAGAGCUACUUAAGAGGGAGAAAACAAAGCGCGCCCAACUGUUCUCUGUCCCUCUGCCGGAUCCCAUCACCCCAACCAAAUCUGGACUGAAGAUUGGGUCUGUGUCCAAAGUUACUCCUGAACUACAGACACUGAGUCCUGAACUGUCCAAAGUCACAUACAGCACAGAACUGGAUCUCUUAGCUGAGCUCUACUGUACCUGCAUCUCUGAAAACUUGGUACCAAACAUUUUCCUGGAGCUGUUUUUUGUGUUGCAGUUGUUGACAUCACGUUCAACUCAUAAUCACGACGAACAGGACAGUUUGUGUGCAAUGAAUACAGAUAUAUUGGAAAGAUGCUAUCUAAAACAAGUUCACAACUGUGUGUAUUUUGCUGUAAAAGUAUUAGAAAGUCAAUUCAACUUGGUGGUGCACUUGGACAAAUGCACGUUGCGUUUGCUAGGAGAAAAUGAAAGGAUUGCAUCUUUCUCUCCGGACCUCAGGGACCGACUCACACAGGCCCAGGACAAAAGUACAGCCAAGCUUUCUCCUUCAGUUUCUACCUUCAUCCACUCAGUCCCAUUUGAACCUGCAACAGACAAUCGCUCCAACUUUGGCAGUGACAAAGCUUUUCAUACAUUUAAAAAACAGAGAGAUAUUUUUUAUGAAAUCCUUCGAGAAUGGGAAGACUUUCACAAAGAACCUGGCUGGAGUUUUGAAGCUGCUCUUGGGAAUCGUGUCAGGGGAAUGAUGAAUCAGUUGAAUUCUGCAGGCAACCACUCGCACUUUGCUCGCCUUUUCCUCAAGCAACUUGUUCAGAUGUGUAAAGGCCCACGUGGAAACUGUACCCCUGGCGACACCCCUGAUGCAGACCUGCUGGGCAUGCUGGGAGCAGACAGCCUAGGGAGACUGAAGCGGCUGGAGGAACGUCUCAUCCAGCCCCAAACUGUGAGCGGGCCCUGUCCCCCUCCGUCGUUCCCGGGACAUCAGGAAUUCUUCAGGGACUUUCUGCAGACAGCCAGCUGCUGUCAGCUUAACCAGCACCUUCAGGACAGCCUGUGUCAGCAGCUGCUGCAGUUGGACGAAGUGUCUAUACAGAGUCCUCCAGUGCCGAGUGGAGUGGAGGAGGAAGAGGGGGAAGAGGGUGACAUGGAGCAACAGGAUGAGAAGCAGCGGUUCAGAUCGGUAUUGCUCCUUGCUCGUCUUCUGGCGAAAUUUCUUGGAUUCAUUGCCUUUUUGCCUUACCAAAUAUCUGAGAAGCCAUCCAGGGAGAUACAGGAGACAGCGAUCGAACUCCGCAGCAAGAGUGUCCCAGCUCUGGAUGUUUGUGCCUUGCUCAAUAACAGCAUAAGGAGGAGACGUACCAUUCUGACUGUCCCAUGGCUGGUGGAGUUUCUGUCCAUGUUAGACUUCGUGGGCCCUCUACUCCUUUGCUUUAGGACAGUUCUGGGCACAUUGCUUCUUUUAUAUAGGAGAAUGCUGCUUGGAAAAAGUGGGGAAGUGUGUUACUUGAAUAAGCUGCUGUUGGUGUCUGUGUUGGGGUGGCUUUUCCAGAUCCCAGUUAUCCCCGAAGACAUUUUCUUCACGAAUGAGUUUACUGAGGUAGCCCAGUUGGGUAGCAGUUCCCCAAGUGCAGUAGGGCUUGACUGUAUUCCAUUGGUGGACCAUCAGCUGCUGUAUACAUGUUGCCCAUUCCUUGGUGAAUUUCGUAAACUACUAGCUGCGUUUGUCUCUGGAAGCACAGCCAAAAGUGGAGGAAUUAUACGAAAAAUCACUCCAACUUCAGCAGAGCCUCGAAACACUGCAACCACAAACAGGUCCCAGCAAAAACUAUUGCUGGACCUUGAGCAAGCCUUCUUCCACAAUCAGCCGCCGUCUCUGCGCCGCACUGUGGAGUUUGUAGCCGAGAGGGUUGGAUCUAAUGCAGUCAAGCAUAUGAAGGCGACUCUGGUGAGAGAGCUGGUGGAGAGAGGGGAGAGGAUGCUCAAAGAUGGACUUCAGUCUCCGAACUCAAGUGCAUCAAAACUGAACGACUCCAUCUGCGCUCAGCUGUGUGAGGCGGGUCUGGAGGCUUUGGAGAGAGCCACCAGAUUUUGCUCUGAAAAAAGUCCUGAAGCCAUAAGAAUACUUUUGCCAGAGGAGACGUCUCCUGCUGUCUUUGCCACAUCUGAAAGCAUCACCAAACGACUCGCGACAGAGAAGGCCUGCAGCUGGCUGGCGGCCAAUAUCACAGCUCUCAUAAGGCGAGAGUGGAAGAGUAAAUAUGAUCGUGUGGUGAAAGCCCUCAGUCCCGACAGUGGAGAUGUAGAUUCUGCUGCAGAUGAACUGGUCACUCAUGGAAAAUUCCCGACUCCCAAAAGAAAACAGCCGAACGAAAGGGUGGUCACUUGUCCCCCUCACUGCGCUCAUGAUGUGUCUCUGCCAUCAGACGUUAUGGUAGAAAUUAAGGAGUGGUUGAGUAUCGCUGUGGGUCCCAGGACUGAGGCGGAGCUGCCAACUGCUCUUCAGCUUUCGAGUCUUCUAAACAAAGUUGGAGAGACACUUGGAUGCAAAAAGUUCUCCACAGCAGUGUCAGAGCAGAUGUUGGUGAACUCGACCGUCGUCUUGGCCUGCAAACUGGUCUCCUCUGAGCUGCCGGUCCUCCCUGCCCCUCUGGACUCUGGCUCAGGUCCUGGUUCAGGGUCAGAGCCUCCUGUCAGGUCCCUGCUGGAGCGUUUUGGUGAACUGUGGGUGCGGGACGUGUGCUCCUCCACCCCCCUCCACCUGCUCUUCUCUCCUCUCACUGUCAGUGCUGUGCUCCAGGCCUCUGACACACAGUGGAACAACUACUUAUUUCUGGUCCGCAAUCUUGUUGACCGAGGGAUUUUGAGUGAAGAGGAUGUGCUUUCUCAUUGGAAGAAGCUGACAGACAUUACCCUGCCGACUGAGCUGAUAGAGAAAUUUCAACUGCAAUCGCAAAGUGUGAACCCAUCCUUGCCACUGUCAGAGCUGCUGAGUCACAUGGACAUGCUGCAGGUCUCACAUCAGGCAGUAGAGGGCGCUACAUGAUAAUAAUAAUACUGCCUAAUGUCACAGAAUCAUAAGUCACUUUGUUGAUCAUGUUUUUGGAGCAUAGAUUUUAUGUCCAGGUGUCUGUUGUUUUAUUGAAACUACAACACUUAAGCAACGCCCUCAAAAUAUACAAGAUUUUUUUUCCAUUUACGCCUCUGGGACCAUCACAAGGAGUCAGUCUGUGUGAAAAUGUUAAAAAGUAAAUGUUAGGGCUAAAAAGGUGUUAAUGUGGCAUUUCAGUUGUUAAAUCUAAAAAGUUUGUUUAUAAAGCUGUUUUUAUGUUUUAAAGGUCACACAGUAUUUCAAAAGACAAGUCACAAAGAAGAAAUUUGGUGUGAAAAUGUAAAAUACUUUUGUUCCAUUUUAAAGAUGAUGAUUUUAGUAAAAGCACUUUUCACUCACUGCCUUUGACCGACGCCACUAGUGAAUGCUGCACGUUUCAUGAAUGUGAGAUUGCAUUUGUGAUGUUUUCUGUUCAUGUUGAACAAACUCUCUAUGAGUCUGCUGCUUUUAAUAAUUGUAUUUUUUAUAUGCCCUAACAAGUGAACAGUAUAAUAAUAAAGACUUAAGAGAUAUUU